GGGAUAAUCCAGCGAUAGUCAAUGAAUAUAAAUUAUAAGUGUGGACGAGAUUAGCAACAAUAAAUGGUUUUUCAUAGCUGGAGAAUGCAACUGUUGCAUCAACAAGUGUUUGAACCAAGGUUCACUGCUUCUGCAGGUUGUUGUGGCUAACGAUGCUUAUAAUAAGAAAUAUGAAGCAGUUCAUUUACCGUCUUAGUUUGUUCAGCUAGCUACAAAGAAGUGGAUGAUAAAUAUUAGCAGACUAUAUCUGCUAGAAUAUCAAAAAACUACGACGCCUGAUUAAAGGGUGCCAGUAAGCGGAGGUGUUUCAUUGACUCCAGCCGAUUUUCCAGAAUGUAGCCCUUUAAUUUCACGAUCGUAGAUUACAGUAACUUGACUAACUUAAAGUUCCAUCUAGUAUCGUGUUACUCUACAAAAGUUGUGUGUGCCUUUGAACUGCUACGUAUGAUUUUGAAUGGCCCCAACAAGAGGGCAUCAUAUACUUCGAUAAUUAGUAGUUCAAUGAAACGAUAAUAAGAGCAGUUAGGAUCAAAUAGCUCGAGUAACAUCAUAAGUCGUUUAAGAUCAUACAACUACAGUUAUUGUGUGGCGCUCGCUUAUUUCUGUUAAUUGUUCUUUCGUUUCAGAUGCACAUGAUUUAUUCGUUAAAUGAUUCUUCGUCUUACAGAGUAAUACUGUAGGUCUUCGUUGUUAAUUUUUCAUUUAAGUUUUUUUAUUCCUUCUCAUCUGUCUUUAUUCUGUCUUAAUUACAGUUGAAUACAGACUUCUAAAAAAACAGUAAACACUGCUAUCAAAGAACUGUAAAAACCAUUUUUAACAUUUGGAGGACAUGACGAAGUACAACCUAAUACUGUAGGAUGAUGAACUUUAUUUUUCUCUCACAGUCUUACCCAGUUUAGCAAUUUUCUUCGGACCUGUUGUCAAUGUAAAAUACCUUCGUCUCUGUUAACUGCUAUUCCUUAACAUUUUAAACUCUUUAAUACGUUUCUUUUUGUUAGUACUAUUUUUUUAAGAGUUUAAUACUCACAAAAAAUUGUAUGAUUAUACAGUUCAAAGUCUGUGAUAAUUUUUUGAUAUGAAUUUGGGACUUAUUGAUCCUUUUUCCAUUUCAGACUACCCGGAGUCGUUGGGAAACGUUUUAAAAAAGGGGCAUGCCACAAGUAUUCGUUUUAAUGAGAAAGGAAGCGCGCUAGCUGCCGGCUUAGUGAAUGGAACUGUUUUUGUAUGGAACUUGGUAACACUUUCAGUCAUACGCAAAUUAAAGGGACAUACCCGGGCAAUUCAAUCUGUACGCUGGUCUUCUUGUGGACGUUACUUGCUUACAGCGUCAAGGGAUUGGAAAUGCAUACUUUGGGAUCUAAAAGAUGCUACAAUCGUUUAUAGCAUACGCUUUCAAGGACCGCUAUGGCAAGCGGAGUUACAUCCAAGUGAUAUAAACAAGUUUGUCGUAUCAAUUUACGAAGAACUCCCUCAGUUUGUAAUUGUUCGUGAUGGGAAACCAGAACGUUAUCCUUUGCCCACAGACUCUUCAGCUAUCAUAUCCUCUACGGACACAAAAAAGAAAAGGAACUCAAAAUUAAAACAUGUUACUGUUUCAUGUGUCUUUUUGUCCAACGGAAAAUAUGUACUUGCAGGAACAUCAAAAGGUUGGUUGAAUGUUAUUGACACUGAAACGCAAAACAUCAUAGCCUGCCAACGCAUCGCUUCACAAACGAUCAAACAAAUACGGUUAAGCGUAUGCAAACGUUAUGCAAUUGUCAAUUGCACCGAUAGAGUGAUUCGAACGUUAAGCAUUCAAGACUUUAAUCACUUGGAAGUCGAACACAAAUUCCAGGACGUUGUUAAUAAACUACAGUGGAAUGCUUGCGGGUUUAGUCCUACGGGUGAGUAUGUUUUAGCUACCGCUUAUCAAGCCGCACACGCCAUUUACAUUUGGGAACGCAGUAUGGGAUCACUAGUACGAAUUCUUGAAGGACCGAAAGAAGAACUCGUUGAUGUUGACUGGCAUCCGGUGUUUCCUCGUAUUGCUGCCGUUGGUUUGGACACUGGGAGUAUUUACAUCUGGUCUGCAAAGCAAGAGGAAAGUUGGAGUGCAUUUGCGCCAGACUUUCAGGAAUUAAAAGAAAACAUUGAUUACGAGGAAAAAGAAGAUGAAUUCGAUAUUUAUGACGAAGAUUUGGUCACAAAUACAGAACAAGAAGAUCAAUCACAAGCUGUGACACUAACUCUCGGUGACAAACUAGAAACACAAUACUUGGUACCAUUGUCUCUAACUACUACUAAUUCCUCCGACGCUUCUUCCUAUCAGGAUGACUAGUACUACAUAGCACACAUCAAAUGUUAAUAAAAGGUCAUUAUUUCUAACACAUAGACAACAAAAACUGAUAAAAGAGUGGAGGAAGAAACACAUCGCUAGAA